CGCUGGACUAUUGACCACGAACUGUCUUCACCUGUUAUCAUGAUUUCGGGAGCAGCAGCGACCCAACCUCGCACUUUCGACUCCGGUUCCUCGCGAUCAUAUUCCUGAUUAUUCCACUGAUCUCGAUCUAACACCUUAAAAUCAGACGAAGCGGACCUUCCUAGUAUCUGAUUGGGUACUCGAUGAUAACAGUAAACGUAUAAAUACCGGCGACGGAUCUACCGCUCUUCAGAUCCCAAUUGUCUAGAUUCAAGAUGGCUCGCACAGCUCAAGAUCGGGAGAAAAGUCCUAAAAAGAAAGCCAAGAAACGAAUUCUCGAAAGUCCUAAAAAGAAAGCCAAGAAACGAGAUUACGGAUCUUACGCGUCGUUCGUCUACAAGGUCCUGAAGCAAGUCCACCCAGCAGUCGGCAUUUCAAAACGGGCGAUGGUCAUCAUGGAUUCUUUCGUGGCUGACAUUUUCGAGCGACUGGCUACCGAGGCGGGAAAACUGUGCAAGAAAAGCAACACUCGGACGAUUUCCUCGCGGGAAAUCCAGACUGCCACCCGGCUCGUCAUACCGGGGGAGUUGUGCAAGCACGCAGUCUCCGAAGGCACCAAGGCCGUCACCAAGUACGUAUCUAGCAAGGGAACAGCCUAGAACGGAUAUCUACCCGACCUCUCGAGGUCAUUUUUUGAAAGGCUCUC